AUGGCAGGGGACGCGAGCUUGCCUCCGCCCGAGCCCGCCUCGGAAAAGGUCGAGAACCACCAGAUUGAGGGGGAUUCUGCGGUCGCCGCGUCGCAGUAUGUCAUCGAUCCGGCCAUCGAGAAGCGGGUGGUGCGGAAGCUCGACAUGCGAGUCGUGCCCAUGGUCAUGGCCCUCUAUCUGCUCGCCUUCCUCGACCGCUCCAACGUUGGAAACGCUCGCAUCGCCGGCAUGGACAAGGAUCUAGACCUGGUUGGCGACCGCUACGACUGGCUGCUCACCAUCUUCUACAUCCCAUACAUCAUCUUCGAGUUCCAAGCCAUCAUGUGGAAAGUCGUGCCGCCUCACCGAUGGGCUGCCAUUACCGUGUUCGCCUGGGGACUCUUCUCCACUGUGCAAGCCGCUGUUCGCUCCUGGGGAGCAGAAAUGGCACUGCGCUUCCUCAUGGGCGCCGCCGAAGCAGGCUACGGACCCGGCAUACCGUAUCUGCUAUCCUUCUUCUACCUGCGCCACGAAGUCGGUCUUCGCUGUGGGCUCUUCCUCGCGGCCGCCCCUCUGGCAAACACCUUCUCGGGCGCGCUCGCCUUUGGCAUCACCUCUGGGAACCCGAGCAUCGCCAAAUGGAGGGUCCUCUUCCUCGUCGAAGGCUUGCCGACUAUUGUCAUGGCCGCCGUCGCCUACUUCUACCUGCCGGACUCGCCGGAGAAGGCCAAGUUUCUCAGCGAGGACGAGCAGAGGGUUGCCAAAGCGCGCAGCGUUCGCCAGGCAGGCGCCGGGACUCGAAUCGGCGGCGUUGACUGGCCCGACUUCUUCAGGGGCCUGCUCGACUACAAGGCGUGGUUUACUGCCCUCAUGUACUUUAGCUGCAACGUCAGCUUUGCCUCGCUGCCCGUCUUCCUGCCGACCAUCCUCAGCGAGAUGGGCUUCACGCGCGCAGCAGCUCAAGGAUUGACGGCACCCCCGUUCUUCCUGUCAUUCCUCGUUACCGUCAUCACCCCUUACAUCGCCGACCGAACCCAGCAGCGAGCGAUUAUGCUCAUCAUCCUCACCACAGUUGGAGGAGUCGGCUACAUCCUCCUUGCGACUGUCAAGUCUGUGGGAGUGCGGUACUUUGGCGUGUUUCUGGCGGCGGGAGGCAUCUUCCCGGCUAUUGCGAAUAUCUUGCCAUGGGUGCUCAACAACCAAGGAAGCGACACCCGUCGCGGCGCAGGCAUCAUCCUGCUCAACCUCAUCGGCCAGUGCGGUCCACUCCUCGGCACGCGCAUGUACCCGCAAAACGAAGCGCCCUUCUUCGUCAAGGGCCAGUCCAUCUGCGCCGCCUUCAUGUUCUUCACCACGUUCCUGGUGAUUGCGCUGCGCACAUGUCUCGUGUGGGAGAACAAAAAGCUGGACCGAGAGUACGGCACCGUGGAGGAGCAGAGGGCGAGGAUGGCGGCGUCGCAGGAGGCUGGGGAGAAGCCCGGCUCGGAGGUGGCGGUCGAGAAUUACGGAAGCCUCUUUAGAUAUGUCUUGUAA